AUGAGGCCUCUACUAUCCAAAAUUAACAAGAAUGACGAGUACAAGUUUAUCCGUGGAGUCAACCUGGGCGGGUGGCUGGUGAUGGAACGAUACAUUACCCCGUAUUCGUUUUCCAUUACGGACUGCCACCAACGGGGCGACUUUUGCUGGUAUCCGGGUCAAAUUGAUGCUCCUCCAAAUGCACCCCUUUGCAAUAUCACCGAGUGCCAAGCCGCCUUGUCCAAAAAUGUGUUUGGCGCGACCGAUUAUCCAUUGGACGAAUGGCAUUUGGGACUCGCAUUUCAAGGCAGCAAUCAGACGCAACACGGCGAACAAUGGCUCAACUCGCAUUUUGCACAUUUCCUUCAAAAGAGCGAUCUGAUUGCCCUCAAGAAAGCCGGCAUUUCGCAUGUCCGUGUCCCUCUGCCACAUUGGAUUCUGGGCAAUGUCGACUACGACAACGACGAACCCUGGAUUGUGGGAGAUCGGUGGAAGUACUUUUUGCGCAUGUGCGGUUGGGCUCGCGAAAUUGGACUCGAAGUGUGGCCCAAUAUCCAUACCGCUCCGGGAUCUCAAAAUGGAUUUGACAAUUCCGGACAACAAAACUCGGUCAAAACGUGCGGUGGAUGGAGCGACAAUCCGCACAACAUUCAACGAUCCCUCAAUGUGCUCCUCGAAGUGGCCGCGGCCAUUAAACGAGCCAACAUUACGGAUGUCGUGACGGGAUUUGGACUCCUCAAUGAACCCUUUGGAGAUUGUUCUCGCGAUCGAUACAAACAAUUCCUGCAAGAUGGCAUGAACAUUAUUCGUUCCGUGUUGGGAGACGAUAUUGGAAUUUACAUGUCCGAUCUCUUUCAGGCUCAUCUGUUCAAUGAUGGCACAUGGGGACUCGAUCCCGACACAUUCGGCAAUACGUACUUGGACAGUCACUACUACAAUAUUUUCGCACAGGCCGUGCGAGUCAUGUCGCCCCAAGAACACAUUGAUUUGGUCUGUCAUCCCCAUGACGGCGAAGAUGUCACGGACUGUUGCUUUGAAGAUGCACCGCAUAACACGAUCCCCAGUCAAGGCACGCAGCGCAUUGUAGCCGAAUGGAGUGGUGCGUUCGAUGCCAUGCCGGGAGAAGUUCUCAAACCCAUUAUGAAAUCCAUUUACGAGUACGGCGUGGCACCCCUCCUGAACCGGACCAUUACCCCGGAACGCAAGUCCUUUUUGACCAAAUUCAUUCAAGCACAGAUUGUGUCGUACGAAACGGCGGCUAUUCCUGGAUUGGCCCAUGGAUGGUUCUACUGGAAUUUCAAAAUGGAGGGUGGAGCCUAUCUGGAAUGGGAUUUGCUCAAGGGCGUGGAACAGGGAUGGUUCCCUGAAAUUGCUCCACCCAAUGUCCCGAGUGAACGGCUCUACGGAACUUGCAUGGAGAUUCGUGAGCGCACCAAUGAAACGCAAGACAUUGUGCAUGCGUAUCCUUGGGGCGAUCCGGCUUACUGGAGGGGCCCCUUGGUCAAUGAAAGCGACAGUCUCAGAGGGGACGACGACCUGCAACAAUACCAACCCAUUAACCACCACUACCUUUCCGGAAUCAAGAACCAAGUUGCAAUGAUUGCGCUCGCCAUUUUGGUGUUUAUCGGUGUCCGUCGCUACCAAGUCCGCAAGAAUAGCAAAAAGUGGCAAUACGCAGAGAUUCAAUCGUAGGUACAAGAAACCAGGCAGACACCGAGCAAUGACACUACAAUCAGUUUUAGUUUUUUCCAACCAGGGUGAAGGGAGCUCUAUAUUUUUGUUUCCAUCCCUCCAACCACCCUUCCAUUCGCGAGAGUAUGAGACGACGAGUAUGAGACUCUUUCAGAGUUUGUGGCACUAUACAGCGGGCCACUGAUAGAUUUUUAGAAUUCUCUUGGUAGCUGGAAUUCCAGACAUAACAAUACAGCUAUCUAUUUUGUAUACCCGGAAGAGUGCAGCGUAGCGAUAUGCAUAGUAACUUCCAAAAUUGGUGUCCAUGGAUGCGUAGUCUGGGCAGACGAACACUCCUUGGUUACCCCCGUUGCGGCCCUUCUUCCUGCGAAGUUUCUCAUUCUUUUGUUUCUGUCGUAGCCCCACUGUUUUGUGUGUACACCAACACCUCAUAUCCUCACCGCACCGUGCUUGUACUACAGUAGGAUGAUGUCAACAGCAGUUAUGAACUGAUCCCGUACCCCUAAAUCUUAGUGGUUGAUUGAUUGAUUGGGACGCCAACAUCCCCACCCCCUUCCCUAUCUAUCAUACAGGACAAUCCGGUACGUACAUAAUGCUAGUCUGCUUGUACUGGUUGUUGUUUCUGUUCGAAUAUGAGCGGAAUGCCUUCGACAUAGGCGUCGUCAUCAAAGUCGACAGCCGUCACCGACUCGACUUGAACUCCCCACGAGAGAACGACAAAGUUGACUUGUGUCUGACAAAAAAUGAGCGAAUACGUUUGACUGCUUUUGUUGGUAGUUCCCCGCUGAUUGACCUUUAAUCCCUUGUGCGACGAUCGAGGAUCCUGUGCCAAAAUUUCCACCAGAGUCGCUCGAGAAGCUUCUGCGUCACUAUCAUUUUGGGGUGUAUACAAGGGAGCCAUGCGGCCUUGUUGGAGUAAUGUCUGCCACGCGGUUUCGGCUUGUGGUGUGAAUUGUACGGUAUGAAUUUCGUCCUUUUGAGACACCCAGUCGGGAACUUGUAGUGCAUUGUUACUACUGCUGUUGUGAUUGUUGUCAUGAUGAUGCCCCGGAAUAUCCCAGGGCACGACCGGUUUGAUGUCAUAGACGGGUGUUCCAUGGACGAGAUCGAGUGCGGAAAUGUGGACUCGUUUGAGUUUCGUGUCGAGUCGUUCCAUUUUGACGAGUGACAAUCCGAUGGGAUUGGGGCGAUGCGGAGACCGAGUGGCCAAUUGUCCCACUUUGUGUGGAGCGCGGGGAGGUCUCACUUUGGCCUUUUUGGUGUUACUAGUAGUAGCGCUAGUAGUAUUGGCGUGAAAUCCAAAGAGGAUCCACAAAUGACUGUAGUCUUCCAUUCCAUCCAAGGCUUCCAUUUGCAACGUACUGCCGUCGAUUUGAAUAAAGGCACGCGACGAGGGAACCAAGGAGCCUUGACGAGGUGUCCCCAUGCGUUUCGUGUAGGGAGACACCACGGUGCCCACACACCGUAGUACCAUGGGGUGGUUCACACUACUCUUAGUAGUACCACCAUUAGUACUAGCAGUAGCACUGUCAGUCGUAGUGAGCUGCCAUUCCAGAGCCUCUUUUUCCUUGGACAGAGUGCGCAACUUGACUUCGGCUCGAAUUCGUCCGGUGCGUUCUUCGCGACGGCGAUCUUCUGCCUGCUUGGAGAUUCUGGCUACUUCGCUUUGGUGAUACCAGUAGCCCAGGGCUCCUCCAAGGAACAGCACCACACCCAGGAGCGACUGGUUGUUGUUGUUGCCGUUGCUGCUGCUGCUGCUGCUGCUGCUGCUGCUG